CAAAUCCUAGCUACACUAAGUCAAUUUAUGGAAUUCAAUUGGAUAGGCAUGCACUAUAUAUGUGUAAAUCUUUCUUUGGAUAUUGGUCUUUAACAAACUGUAAUAUAUAUUUUUUUAUAUUUCUCAGCCUUUUUAUGAUUACAAAGAAAAUAUUUUAAGUAUCCAGGGCAAAUGUGAUGACUUUAAAUAAGACUGAUAUUUACUUUGAAAAUAUGUUUUUCUGCUAUCCACUCCUGUCAAACUCAUGUCUGAAACUGCAUCGUCUUACUGUAGUUAAAGUGGUGAUGUAUGUUUUCAUGGUGCUGAUGAUCCUCACAACAGUUUUUGGGAACCUGCUGAUCAUCAUCUCCAUCUCUCACUUCAAACAGCUUCAGUCUCCAACUCAUCUGAUCGUUCGCUCUCUGGCUGCCAGCGACUGUCUCCUGGGUUCUUUGGUCAUGCCGUACAGCAUGGUGCGAUCUGUUGAAGGCUGCUGGUAUUUGGGAGAUUUUGUGUGUGAAGUGCAUUCUAGUUUAGACAUGAGCUUCUGCAUCUCCUCAAUACUGCAUCUCAGUUUGGUAUCUGUCGACAGGUACAUGGCCAUUUGUGACCCUCUAAGAUACAGAAUGAAGGUCACAAACAAAACUGUAACUGUAUUUAUUACCUUCAUAUGGCUGUUUUCAAUUCUUUACAGUUUUUUAAUUGUGUUUUCAGGUGUAAACAAAAUCAGCUUGGAGUCAUUCAUCAUGCAGGUUUACUGUGUGGGAAGUUGUGUUUUGUUUUUUAACAAACAGUGGGGUAUUGUAUGUCCAGUUCUCACAUUUUUCCUUCCCGGGACGAUCAUGAGCUCUCUGUAUAUGAAAAUCUUCUAUGUUGCACAAAAACAUGCAAAGAUUAUGUCAGAAAGAGUGACUGUGAUGGCAGCAGGAGGGUUGAAGAGCCAAAGCUCUGUUCACAGAGAGAGAAAAGCUGCUAAAACUCUGGCCAUUGUCAUGGGUGUUUUUUUGUUCUGCUGGCUGCCUAUUUUUAUUGCUACUAUCAUUGACUCUUUUCUUAAUUUUGUGACUCCAGCCAGUGUCUUUGAUGCUUUGGUUUGGUUUGGAUAUUUUAACUCCACUUGUAACCCAUUGAUCUAUGGUUUUUUCUACUCUCGCUUUCAGAAGGCCUUCAAAAUACUCAUAUCGUCCUGUAUUUAUGGCUUCAGUGACUCAAGCACCUUUACUUUUGAAUGAAUGUAAUUUUUAUAUCAGGUUAUCAUGUUUUGCAUCACAAUUAAAAUUUUGGUCCCACUUUAUAUUAGGUGGCCUUAACUACUAUGUACUUACAUAAAAAAAUAAGUACAAUGUACUUAUUGUGUUCA